AUAGAACUCGACUCUCGCCAGCUGACGGGAGAAUUUCUCGAACAAGUGGGUAGCUUUUAUCAGUUUGGCUAUAUGUGGCAAUUAAUACGAUACGAUAAAGUUCCGAUGGAUAGAUAUACGUGAUAUUUACCAUUUGUCAACCGCCGGAAGCGAUGAAACGUGAACAACUAUUGCUGGGUGUAAUUCUUGCGCUUGCUGCCUGCGGCGCGGAAGGCGGCAUCUCUCGCUUCUCGGAGGGCAGAAUUGUCGGUGGUGAGGCGACAACCAUCGAGGAACAUCCUUACCAGAUAUCGCUGGUGUACUUCAGCUCGCACCGAUGCGGUGGUUCCAUAAUAACGGAGUAUUUCGUGGCGACGGCGGCUCACUGCGUCGCGUCGCUUUCGUCAUCGCUGACAAGCUACCUGCAGAUCAGGGUCGGAAGUUCGUACCGUAACUCGGGAGGAACCCUCUACUCAAUAUCCUACUUCACAUAUCACGAUUCGUACAACUCGUUGACCUACGAUUACGACAUAGCGGUGAUAAAGGUGACGCUGCCGUUCGAGUUCAGCACCACAGUCCAGCCGAUCGAGAUCCCGACCUCGGACUACACCCUAGCCGACGGCACCCUCGUCGCGGUCUCAGGGUGGGGAAGACUGUCCUCCGGCGGAAGCCUGCCGACGGUUCUCCAGGUCGUCGAGGUUCCCGUCUUGAACAACACCUACUGCGCCGAGCUCUACGCGAGCACGAAUCCGGUCACUGACAGGAUGAUUUGCGCCGGCUACGACGAGGGAGGAAAGGAUGCCUGUCAGGGAGACUCCGGCGGUCCUUUGUUCUACGAAAAUAUCCUUGUCGGAAUCGUGUCCUGGGGUGACGGAUGCGCAGGAGCAUAUCAGCCUGGCGUUUACAGCCGAGUCUCGGUAUUCCGCGAGUGGUUGGUCAAUCAAACCGGAGUGGAUUUUGACUAUUUUUACGGCCUAGUACUACCGAUCAUUUUUGUAUAUGGCGGAGGGAUUCGAACCCCAAUAGUUUUUAAUCUGGUGCUGCCUGGGGGCUUCAAGAAUCGAGAACCUCUGAGAAUCAACGGGCCUGUACAUAAUCGUGUAAAAGGUGUCGCGUGGUUGUUGAAUGACUACCUCGACCCACCUGCUGUGUCGAUUAUUUACAACAACGAACACGUUUGCGGUGGGUCACUGAUAAGCAGUCGAUGGAUCCUGACUGCUGCGCACUGUAUCGAUGGGUCUGUAACAGGAGUUUUUAACCAAGAAAUAGAACCACAGUUACCUGCUGAUAUUCAGAAUGUAAUUCAGGGGUUACCGUUGAAUGUAUCGGAUAAUUGCUCAGAUCGCGAGUGUACAGAUCAUAUGUAUAAUGCUCUGGGUCAAUGUUUACCGGAAUUUAAUCCAACACUCACCACAAGCCUGUUGAAAGUCCGAGUUGGAAGCACGCACAGAAGCAGCGGAGGCACUUUGAUCACUUCAAUCUCCUCAAUAAUCAUCCACGAGUAUUAUGACGAGGACAGUUACGACUAUGACGUGGGAUUGAUACAGUUGACAUCGACUCUGGCAUUAACCACGACAGUAGCCACGGUCUCUUUGCCAUCGUCGAGCUACACCAUAGAUAUUGGAACCCAGUGCACGGUGGCUGGAUGGGGUAAAACCUCGUACGGAGGCACACUUUCGGAGACUCUACUUUACUUGACCGUUCCAAUCGUCAGCCAGACGUCCUGUUCAGCCACCUAUAUUUACCGGAACACCGUCACCGAUCAGAUGAUCUGCGCUGGCUACACUACCGGCACUAUGGACACUUGUCAGGGCGAUUCCGGAGGGCCACUUGUCUACAACGGUAUCCAGGUCGGGAUCGUUUCCUGGGGAGCGGAAUGCGCGACCGUUGGUUAUCCCGGGGUUUACACGCGAGUCUCUGCGAUCCGGGAAUGGAUCACAAAGCGUGCCGAUAAACUUGUGGCGUGGACUACGUUUGAUUUUCAGAUCACUGUGAGAAUUGACCUGGUAUCAAUGAAACUUGGUGGAAAAGUGACCGCUACAGACCUUCAGAUAAGGAUCAAGAGUGCCGUUGUGUGUACGGUACACCCUAUGUAUUUGAAGUAUAACACUGUGCGGUCUAGCCAGUGGUUUGAUCCCCUUGAACUUGUGUGCGGGAUUGAAGCAAGUUUGGAAGAACAUUUAAUAUUCUACUCGUUUUGGAGAACCCACAUCAUUAAAAUCAACGGCGUUCCGAUGCAUGAAAAUAGUUUGUUCACGGAUUUGACGAUGAUCGUCCGCUGCUUGAUACUUCUUUUCAGUUACCCCGGCUUUCUUCAAGGCGUUGAACAAGUCAGUCGGAUUGUCGGUGGAAGCUACACAACCAUAGAGCAGUUUCCCUACCAGGCGUCCUUGCAACGAAAUGGUUAUCACGUCUGUGGCGGUUCAAUCAUCAGCAACACUUGGAUUCUGACCGCCGGGCAUUGUAUUCGCAACUACAGCUACACCGAUUUCAAGGUCAGGACAGGAUCCUCUUACUAUGACAUCGGUGGAAGGCUGAGUUCCGUGGCGAGUAUCCUGGUGCACGAGAACUUCAAUUUGGCCACUCUUGACAGUGACAUUGCGGCAGUAGAGCUAACCAAACCGCUGGCCUUCAAUAGCCACACACUUCCGAUCGUUCUCGCCAGGAGGGCAGAAGUUCCUCGGGUUGGUCAGGUGGCUACAGUAACCGGCUGGGGAACGCUGAUGUCCUCCGGAAGUCUCUCAAGACGGUUGCAGAAGGUCGAUUUACCGCUGAUAGGCUGGGACGAUUGUCGCAGGAGCUACGCGGAACGUACGAUUACUGAGCGGAUGCUGUGCGCCGGCCUUCUUGCUACUGGUGGCCAAGAUGCGUGUCAGGGUGACAGCGGUGGUCCUCUAGUUCUCAAUGGAAAAUUGAUUGGUAUUGUAUCCUGGGGAUUUGGAUGCGCUCUACCGUCUUAUCCGGGAGUUUAUACGAGGGUGGUUUCCUUCCGUGACUGGAUUGAGGACAAUACAUAUCUGUAAUGAAAAGCCAUCGAACAUCUCUGCAUUCUAUCCACUACUCGCCGAUUCAUUUGGCGCAUUCAUCUACAUCUCGAGGAUUGAUGCAGUCCGGAACAUUAGUACUAAACCAAAUUAUUGGACGCAGCUAUUCCAGGAUGGGAUUAUGAAACAUUGAUGACAUUUAAACUGUACAGAUCUGUCACUAUAUCGCGUAUGUUGCUUUGUA